UUAAGUCGUUGUCUCAUCCUUAAGAACAAAGAGGACCGACCAUGCUUCCAAGAAGUGAUGUAUAUUGUCGUUGUAAUUUUGAACAAUUUUCAAGUAUCGGUUCCCAAUUGAAUGCCGCCGCUUAUCAAAAUAAUCCACCGUAGAAUUUAUCUUUCAAAUGCCAAUUGCAUCUUGAGUGUGGAACAUUUGUUUGUAUAUAUCUGUUAUUUUCUCUGAUGUGGGUCCACUAACCAUUGAGUCAUUCAAUAAGUCUUGCUUUCAAGCUUUUUAAUUAUGUUUCUUACCCAACAAACAAGUCUUACUGAGUCUACCUUUACUAUAUGCACUUCCAACCAUCCAAAAUCAGAACUGCUAUCCAUUCAUUCACAUGCGAGUCUUUGCUCCUUACUUGCAAUUACCAUUAUCCUUCAAUCUUCCUUGCUGCUUUACUUUACCAAUCAGAUAUGGCUGCAGCUGUGGUGGGAGGCGCAUUUCUCGCUGCUACAAUUCAAACCAUAGCAGACAAGCUUACCUCAUCAGAGUUCCGUGGUUUCAUCAGAAACACCAAGUUCAAUUCCUCACUCCUGUCAGAGUUGAAAACUACACUGUUUGCUCUUCAAGCUGUGCUAGUUGAUGCAGAGCAGAAACAGUUCAACAACCUUCCUGUCAAACAAUGGCUUGAUGACUUGAAAGACGCAAUAUUUGAUGCUGAAGAUUUGCUCAACUUAAUCAGCUAUGAUGCCCAGCGGUGCAAGGUGGAGAACACGCCGGUUGAUCAGCUGUGGAACCUGCCUUCAUAUAUAAAGAUCAAUUCCAAGAUGGAGAAGAUGUGUAAAAGGCUGCAAACUUUUGUCCAGCAGAAAGAUAUCCUCGGCUUGCAAAGAGCUGUAAGGGGUAGAAUUUCUCGUAGAACGCCUUCAAGUUCAGUAGUAAAUGAAUCUGUCAUGGCGGGUAGGAAUGAUGAUAAAGAUAGACUAGUCAAUAUGCUAGUAUCAGACAUUGGCACCAGCAGAAGUAAUAAUUUAGGUGUUGUUGCAAUUUUGGGUAUGGGAGGCAUCGGUAAAACAACUCUUGCACAACUUGUUUACAACGAUGAAAAGGUUGAACAACAUUUUGAUCUCAAAGCCUGGGUUUGUGUAUCAGAGGAUUUUGAUGUUGUGAGAGUAACCAAGUCUCUCCUUGAAUCUGUUGUUAGAAAUACAACAUCUGCUUCUUCAAAGGUUUGGGAAAGCGAUAAUCUUGAUAUCCUUCGAGUUGAAUUAGAGAAAAACUCGAGGGAGAAAAGAUUUUUGUUUGUCUUUGAUGACCUGUGGAAUGACAAUUAUAAUGAUUGGGACGAGCUAGUAAGUCCAUUCAUUGGAGGAAAACAUGGAAGCAGGGUGGUUAUUACAACACGCCAACAAAAAGUUGCUGAGGUGGCACACACAUUUCCUAUCCUUAAAUUAGAACCUCUAUCAAAUGAAGAUUGCUGGUCUUUACUCUCAAAGCAUGCAUUUGGAGGCGAAAACAUUUACGAUGGUAAAAACAAAAUCCUAGAAGCAAUUGGAAAGAAGAUUGCAAGAAAGUGCGGCGGAUUGCCAAUUGCUGCUAAAACACUAGGAGGACUUCUACGUUCAAAGGUAGGCAUAAGAGAGUGGACUUCAAUUUUGAACAGCAAUGUAUGGAGCUUACCAAAUGAUAAUAUUUUGCCUGCUUUGCUUUUGAGUUAUCAAUAUCUUCCCUCUCAUUUGAAAAGAUGUUUUGCCUAUUGUUCAAUUUUUCCAAAGGAUUACCCACUUGAUAGGAAGAAUUUGGUUUUGUUGUGGAUGGCAGAAGGUUUUCUUGAUUAUUCAAAAGGCGAAAAAGCAGCAGAGGAAAUAGGCGAUGAAUGCUUUGUUGAAUUGUUAUCCAGAUCCUUAAUUCAACAAUCAAAUGAUGAUUCUCAGGAAAAGAAGUUUUUCAUGCAUGACCUUGUCAAUGAUUUAGCUACAGUCGCAUCUGGAAAAAGUUGUUGCAGGUUUGAAUGUGGUGACAUCUCUGAAAGAGUUCGCCAUUUAUCAUAUAACCAAGAAAAGUAUGACAUUUCCAUGAAGUUUAAGAAUUUCUACAAUUUUAAAUGCCUGCGAAGCUUCCUACCCAUCCAAUUCUUGUGGAGCACCCAAAAUUAUGCAUCCAUCAAGGUGGUUGAUGAUUUGCUACCAACACUCAAAAGGUUGCGUGUGUUAUCGCUAUCAAAUUAUAUAAACAUCACCAAGCUGCCAAAUUCAAUUGGAAAUUUGGUUCAGUUACGUUAUAUGAAUCUCUCCUUCACCGGAAUCAAAAGCUUGCCUGAUAAAACAUGCAACCUUUACAAUUUGCAAACAUUAAUUUUAUCAAACUGUUGUGUUCUCGCAGAAUUGCCAGUACAUAUGGGAAAUUUAAUCAAUUUGCGUCACCUUGAUAUAAGUGGGACAAGCAUAAAUGAGUUGCCUAUGGAAAUUGGUGGGCUAAAAAACCUCCAAACUUUGACCGUUUUUGUAGUGGGGAAGCGACAAGAAGGGUUAAGUAUCAAAGAACUUAGGAAAUUCCGACACCUACAAGGAAAACUUACCAUCAAGAACCUGCAUAAUGUCGUUGAUGACACGGAGGCAGAAGAUGCCAACCUGAUAAGCAAAGAUAAAAUUGAGGAAUUAGAGUUGCUAUGGGGAAAACAAAGUGAAGACUCACUAAAAGUGAAACUUGUGCUUGAUAUGUUGCAACCACCAAUAAACCUGAAGAGCCUGAAAAUUGACUUGUAUGGUGGGACAAGCUUUCCGAGUUGGUUGGGAGAUCCUUCAUUUUCUAACAUGGUGUCCCUUUGCAUCAGUAACUGUGAAUAUUGUGUAACACUUCCACCACUAGGACAGCUACCUUCUCUCAAGAACCUAAGUAUAGAAGAUAUGAGGAUGUUGGAGACAAUUGGCCCAGAGUUCUAUCAUGUCCAGGAAGGAGAAGGUUCCAGUUCUACCUUCCAACCAUUCCCUUCCCUCAAGUGUAUAAAAUUUUCCAACAUGCCAAAUUGGAAUGAAUGGCUUCCCUUUGAAGGCAGCAAAUUUCCUUUUCCUCGUCUUAAAACUCUUAAGUUACAUAAUUGUCCUAAAUUGAGAGGACAUUUGCCUAGUCACCUUUCUUUCAUAGAAGAAAUUAAAAUAAAAGGUUGUCCUCAUCUAUUGGAAACACCACAUACUUUGAGUUGGCUAUCGUCAGUAAAGGAAAUAAAAAUUAAAGACGAUUUAGGUUCGAAAGGGAAGACUGAAAGAACUCAAUGGUCGUUGCUUGAGAAUGACACUCCGUGUCUGCUGCAAUGUGUAUCAAUUGAAAGUUGUAAUCCACCAAUGCCUAUGCCAAAAAUGAUUCUGAGCAGCACUUGUCUUCAACACUUGGAUCUCUUUGAUAUUCCGUCUCUAACUGCAUUUCCGACUGAUGGUCUACCCCGUUCAUUGCAGUCACUUGAUAUUUUCAUGUGCAAGAAUUUAUCCUUCCUGCCUCCUGAAACAUGGAGCAAUUACACAUCACUUGUGAGUCUUUCUUUAUGGAGUAGCUGUGAUGCACUUACAUCCUUCCCACUUGAUGGUUUCCCUACACUCCAACGACUUAACAUUUGUAAUUGUAGGAGUCUGGAUUCCAUUUUUAUUUCAGAAAGUCCUUCACGUCGACCAUCAAGCCUCCAAUCACUCCAAAUCACAUCCCAUCCUUCAAUUGAAUUGCUUAAAGUCAUGCUUCCGAUGGACACACUCACCGCUCUUGAACAUUUGGAAUUGAGUUGUCUAGAGUUGUCAUUUUAUGAAGGAGUUUGCCUACCUCCGAAAUUACAAUCGAUUGUAAUUUUGUGCCAGAGAACAACGAUGCCUGUAACGGAAUGGGGUCUCCAAGGCCUAACCGCUCUUUCAAGAUUGAGAAUUGGAAUCGGUGAAGAUAUAUUUAACACCUUGAUGAAAGAGUCAUUGCUACCCAUCUCCCUUGUAUCUUUGACUAUCGGUCAUCUCUAUAAAAUGAAGUCCUUUGAUGGAAGUAGGCUUCGACACCUCUCCUCUCUCGAAAAUAUAGAAUUUCGUAAUUGUCGACAGCUUGAGUCAUUACCAGAAGAAAGCCUCCCUGACUCUCUUAAGCUUCUGACCAUCGAACGUUGUCAUUUGUUAGAAGAAAGGUAUAAAAGGAAGGAACAUUGGUCCAAAAUUGCUCACAUCCCUGUCAUAAGAAUAAAUGAUCAAGUCUCGAUAUGAACCGUUUUAGCCUUCUAGAUCGAUCAGCAUUCGUAAUGGACAUCUAUUGCAGUUAUUGGAUAUGACAUAUAUGGUGUUUGGCCUGGUAACUCAUCUUACCUAAGGGGAAUACAUUUAUUUGUACAUUAUCAUUUUUUAUCAUACUAUGUCCUAAUGAAUCAAAAGUUGUGAUAACUUCUUUUUUGACAUCAAGUUGUGUGAUAAUUUCUUGAUAGAUUAUUUUUCUUGUUAUAAACAAUUCUUACUACAUUUUAUUGUUGUUUUGAAAAA